AUGGCUGGAGAAGCACUUUGGAACCAGAUGAGGGUUGGACUAGAAGAGUUUCUGAUCACGACUUUAUUUGAUUCUGGUGUUGCUUAUUGCAGCAAUUUUUGCCGGAUUCCUAUUAUUGAUUACCAUAGGCAUUGUGCCAAUUGCUCGUACGAUCUGUGUCUUAGUUGCUGUAGAGAUCUUCAGGAAGCAUCUACGCCUUGUAUUAAUGGAGUUGUGGAUAAUAAGAUUGGUGGAAUUCAAGAAAUGGAAACCUUGUUGGAGCAACCGAAAAUACCAAGAGUCAAACAAAACUUUUCAGACAAGUUUCCUGAUUGGAAAGCGAAUGGUGAUGGCAGCAUUCCAUGUCCCCCAAAGGAUUAUGGUGGCUGUGGAUAUCCAUCAUUGAAUUUAAGCCGCAUUUUUAAGAUGAAUUGGGUUGCAAAACUGGUGAAAAAUGUGGAGGAAAUGGUGAGUGGAUGUAGGGUAUACAAUGAUGGCUUACUGGAGAAAACUGAGUUUAAUGAUCAUAGACACUGCCAAUAUGCUCAUAGGGAGGAUGACAGUGAUAAUUUCUUGUUCUGCCCCACAUCUGAAGAUAUUAAAUCAGGCGGAAUUGGUGAUUUUAGAAAGCAUUGGGCCAGAGGUGAACCCAUCAUUGUUAACCAGGUUUUUGAUAGUUCAUCGGUUUCGAGCUGGGAUCCAAUGGCAAUAUGGAGAGGGAUGCAAGAGACUACGGAGGAGAAAUUGAAAGAUGAGAGCAGAAUCGUUAAGGCCAUAGACUGUUUUGAUUGGUCUGAGGUUGAUAUUGAACUUGGUCAGUUCAUAAAAGGAUACUAUGAGGGACGAAUUGAUGGAAAUGGUCAGCCAGAAAUAUUGAAGUUGAAGGAUUGGCCUUCCCCUAGUGCGUCUGAGGAGUUCUUGUUGUACCAGAGACCUGAAUAUAUUAGUAAAUUGCCUUUACUUGAGUAUAUCCACUCCAAGUGGGGUCUUCUGAAUGUUGCAGCAAAACUGCCACAUUACUCUUUGCAAAAUGACGUAGGGCCUAAGAUAUUUAUUUCCUAUGGGACCUAUGAGGAACUUGGUAGAGGCAACUGUGUAACCAAUCUUCAUUUCAACAUACGCGACAUGGUCUAUCUAUUGGUGCAUACCUGUGAGGCAAAGCUAAAUGGUCAGCAGAGGAUAAAGACUGACAAUAUGCACAAUAACAAGGUAACGAAGGAGAAAGAUUUGCAAGGAAAUCCAAGUGUAGGUCUGGACGAGGGUAGGUUUGGCAGUCACAGUUUGGAUUAUGAAUAUGGCACAAGCUUGGAUGAAAAUAAAGAUGAGAGAAUGAUGGAUCAAGAGAUUGACAAUUCUUCUAGCAUUGAAGGGGAUGCUUUGAGCUGUGAACUGUCAAACAGAGAUGGUGGAGAUGUUUCUGUAAAGACUCAUCCAGGAGUUUUAUGGGAUGUUUUUCGCCGUCGGGAUGUUCCACAAUUGAUAGAGUAUCUGAGAAGACAUCAAACAGAAUUUUCGGAGCCCAACAGUGCAAAAAAUGAUUUUGUGACAAAGCCUCUUUAUGAUGAAAGAUAUUUCCUGAAUAGGCAUCAGAUACGAAAACUGAAGAAAGAAUUUGGAAUAGAGCCAUGGUCCUUUGAACAGCAUCCGGGGCAAGCUGUUUUUGUACCAGCUGGAUGCCCUUUCCAAGUUAGGAAUCUUCAGGUGAGGACAUAUGAAUUUUACAGAGAAAUUGAUGUUUUUCAAUCAAAACUCCCGCAAUUUCAAAUGAAAUAGGAAGAUUUAAAUUUUUAAAUGUACGUUACUGUUUAUCCUUGAUUGAAUGUGAGGAUUCCAUAGGAACUAGUUACA